CUUUAUGGACAAAGAAUCAUGCAAGCUUGUUAUGAAACGAAAGAGGACGAGACUACGAGCAUCUGGGAUCAAACGGUGAUUGAUUCGGAGUCCGGACGAGGGAGAAACGAAGCAUUAAACAGAGGCUGAGCAAGCUGCACGGGCAGACCAGCGUGGCCACGCACGGCCGUGCAAGUGACCAGUUUGGCCGUGCGGGAUUGUGCGUGGGCACGCACGGGAUUGUGCGUGGCCACGCACGGCCGUGCAACAUACAAUUCUGGCCGUGCGAGUUGGCUGAGGUUCAACUAAUUGAUACGCCGCGUUUUGAGGUGCACGGCCAGAAUGGUGAUGUGCACGGCCGUGCACCCUGGCCGUGCGAGUCGGGAAUGGCUGUUUUUAACCCAAAUUCGAGCCAAAGGAUAGAGAGAGCUGGGUUUUGGAUCCCAAACACCCAAGGGACGAACCCUAGAGAGAGAGAGCGACUUGGGAACAUUCUUGGAGCUAUUUUGGAGGAUUUCUUCGCCAUUGAAGCUCGGGAAUCAAGCUUGGAGAUGGAGAUUGAAGAUCUAGAUCAGAUUUCUGCAGUCUCUCUCUUCUCUAUGGAGUAACUUCCCUUCACUUAGGUUUUGAGGAACCCUAGUUCCAUGAGUUAGGAUCUUUCUUGUAUGAAGUUUUGGAUGCUAUAUUGUUUGAUUAUAAUCGAAUGAUGCAUGUUCAUUGAGUCAAUUGAAGUCUGAUCAACUUUUCCUGAUUUCUGCUGCAAUCUGAGAUAGAUAGAAUCUGAUUAGGUUGCUAGAGUCUCAUCAUUCGGUAGUAGGAGAUUGGCUAUACGAGAGUUAGCCAGUUUACUGCUUUGUACUGGAAUCCAAUUCCAGUAGUGGAGUUCUGUGCUUAUUGCUUCAGCUUUCUAUCCCGGUGAAGACUAGUCGUCUGCCGGAUAGUUAGACUGAGAGGGUUUGGUCAGCUUAAGAGAUUCCAAGCUACUGUCGGAUCUUCCGCAGUUUAAUCAACAGUAAAUCAACCAAAAUGAAUUACAACUUGGACCUAAUUGAGGAGCUAGGGGGAAUCAUACCUAAGUGAGUUCCCAAACUGUAAUUAGUAGUUUUACUUAGUUUAGUUAGUAGAGUAGUUUAGUUAAUCAAUCCUUAAUCUAGUUUGCUAGAUAAUGAACUGAAGCUGAGUAAUAGUAACUCUAGAGACCCGUGGAUUCGAUAUUUAUUACUUGUGCCACUAUACUGCAGUCCCUUUCAUUGGUUACACUUGGCCAUUGUUAGGUGUUGUGUUUUAGAGCAUCAGAAGGCCAUCGAUUGCAAAUGGAUGUAUAAAAUCAAAUUCCAUCCUGACGGUACAGUUGAACGCUACAAGACUCGCAUUCAUCAACUUAAUGUCAACAAUGCCUUCCUUCAUGGCGACUUGGUUGAGGAGGUCUACAUGAAAGUCCCUCCUGGUUUUGCUCGCCCAGGUGAUACUCGUGUAUGUCGUUUGCGUAAGUCUAUUUAUGGGUUGCGACAGGCUUCACACAACUGGUAUCAGAAAUUUACUCAUGCUCUUCAAGAAUUGCAGUUCGUCCCCAGUCGGGACGAUCAUUCUCUCAUUGUUUAUCGUCAGGGGGCGAACUAUGUGGCAUCUCUUACCUACGCCGACGACGUGAUCCUUGCCGGCAACGAUCUGCCUUUCAUUCGGCAUGUGAAGGAUUUUCUUCACUCUUGGUUUACUAUCAAGGACUUGGGUCCAUUGAAGUAUUUUCUUGACAUUGAGGUUGCUCGCUCUCCCCAAUGCAUUGUUCUUAAUCAAUGGAAAUAUGUCUUGGAUAUCUUAGUUGAUUCCGCCCUGCAGGCUACUCGCCCCACUGCUACCCUGAUCGAGGAGAACCAUCAGCUUGGUCGCGCUCCUUUAGAUCCUGCUCCUGAUUCUGCGACUUAUCGUCACUUGGUUGGUCGCUUGUUGUAUCUUACUGUUACUCGUCCUGACAUCACCUAUGCAGUUAAUGUUCUCAGUCAGGCGGUUCACUCUCCCCACGCGGGCGCAUAUGGAUGCUGCAUUCCGUUAUCUGCCUAUCUUAAGGCCUCACCAAGCUGUGGUCUCUUUCUGCCUGCUAGUGGUUCUCUCAUUUUUACAAGGUAUUGUGAUGCAGACUGGGUUGGCUGUCCUACCACUUGGCGUUCUACUACUGGUUAUUUUAUCACUAUCGAGUAUGUUGGCGUUGCUACUGGACGGCGAGACGUAACGUAGUAGUUUACCAGGCAUGGACUGGGCGGCGAGACAUAACGCAAGGCCAUUGUCGAGUUUUUGACCCUACGGGAGUUAACAGAGAGAGGGGUUUGGUUUCCUGUCCUUUGUUUUCUUCGUUGGGAGAGUUGGAUAUGGAUGUCAUGGCUUUGCUCAAGCGCAUACAGAAAUUUUUCGUGUCUCGGGAUGUGGGAGCUCGAGCCGCCGUGUAUAUUUUUAAGGGUUUGAUAUUUUCCAGGAUGUAUGUUCUCAUGAUUAACAUGGGAAAAUUAUUAUCUGAAUUUUUAAGGAGUUUCAUGUUAGGUGAAAAAUUCGUCCAAGAUGAAAUUAAUUAGGAAAAAUGGUCAGUUUUGAAGGGAUUAUUUCCAGAAAAUUUUUAAAGGAGGAUAAUGGAUCUUUGGGAAGAGGUUCGAGGAUGGGAUGUUAAGGAGAGCAUGCUUUGGUAAAUCAGAAGGGACUUUAAAGCAAGAAAGGUUGUCUAAAAAUGAAUUUAUGAUUUAUAG